CCCUCCUGUUUCCGGUGCCGUCACGGGACAGAGCAGUCGGUGACAGCACCGAGGGCCCCCGCCCCGCGCCCAUGGCCGAGCCGGACCGUGAAGACUGGAGUGAGGAGGGCUGCAGGGGUGCCAGAACCCCGCAGGCUGCUGCUUGGAGCACCUCUCGUAGGUUAACCACUUCAUCUCAGGUGGCCCUGCGAGGCAGUGCCCUUCGAGCUCCAUUCCCGAGAUACAGAGCGUCAGGCUCAGAACAGCCGAGAACGCACAGGCCGCUGCGCGCUCCUCGGGAGUAGGAGGACCAGGACUCAGAUUCAGACACUGAAGGAGGAGCGGCUGGCGGAGAGGCCGAAAUGGACUUCCUGAGGCAUUUCUUCUCCCAGACGCUGGGCCUGGGCACCCAGAAGGAGCGGCUGCUGGACGAGCUGACCCUGGAAGGGGUGACCCGCUACAUGCAGAGCGAGCGCUGUCGCAGGGUCAUCUGUUUGGUGGGAGCUGGGAUCUCCACGUCCGCAGGCAUCCCUGACUUCCGCUCCCCAUCCACGGGCCUCUACGCCAACCUGGAGAAAUACCGUCUUCCCUACCCAGAGGCCAUCUUUGAGAUUGGCUACUUCAAGAAACAUCCAGAGCCCUUCUUUGCUCUUGCCAAGGAACUCUACCCUGGACAGUUCAAGCCGACCGUCUGUCACUACUUCAUCCGCCUGCUGAAGGAGAAAGGGCUGCUUCUGCGCUGCUACACGCAGAACAUAGACACCCUGGAGCGGGUGGCGGGGCUGGAGCCCGAGGACCUGGUGGAGGCCCACGGCACCUUCUACACGUCACACUGCACCAGCGCCCUCUGCCGACGGGAGUACACGCUAAGCUGGAUGAAAGUUGAGACGUUAAAAGCCAGGGCCGCGACCACCACGUUCAACAGCCCUGUGCUAGAGGCACAGGACCCGAUAGCCCAGAAGAUCUUCUCCGAGGUGACUCCCAAGUGUGAGAAAUGUCACAGCGUGGUGAAGCCUGACAUCGUGUUCUUCGGUGAGAACCUCCCGGCGAGGUUCUUCUCCUGCAUGCAGUCAGACUUCCUGAAGGUGGACCUUCUCCUCAUCAUGGGCACCUCGCUGCAGGUGCAGCCCUUUGCAUCCCUCAUCGGCAAGGCACCCCUGUCUACCCCGCGCCUGCUCAUCAACAAGGAGAAGACCGGGCAGACUGACCCUUUCCUGGGGAUGAUGAUGGGCCUGGGAGGAGGCAUGGACUUCGACUCCAAGAAGGCCUAUCGGGACGUGGCCUGGCUGGGUGACUGUGACCAGGGCUGCCUGGCCCUUGCUGACCUCCUUGGAUGGAAGGAGGAGCUGGAGGACCUCGUCCGGAAGGAGCAUGCCAGCAUAGAUGCCCAGCAGGCGGGGUCGGGGAGCCCUAACCCCAACCCUUCAACUUCGCCCAGGAAGUCCCCACCUCCUGCCAAGGAGGAGGCCAGAACCUCGGAGGGAGAGAAACCCCAGUGACAGCCACGUCCCCCGGGGAAGGAUGCCCAGCAAAUCUGGGACAGCAGAGCCCCAGCCAGCCCUGGCCCCCUCUAACUUGCAGCUCUCAUCUGGGGAGCUCAGAACCUCGUCCCAGUCUCUUAACCACUUCCUCUCAAAACUGGGUUCCCAGCCCCCUGACCCUGGCAGAUCUCUAACACCUCCCAGGGGCCGAGGCCUGGGCAGCCCGGCUGUAACAGCCCGCGGUCUCUAACCACCCGCAGGGCCGAGGGUCAACCUCCCCUCAUCUCUAACUGCUCCCCGGGCCAGGGCCGCCUCUAAACUCCUAACUAUUCCGCCCCGGGCCCCAGGGCUCCCAGGGCUCCCCAUGCCCUCCACUGCUCCUCGGGGCCUGUGGCCAAGUAGGGCCAGUCCAACCUACCCUGGGCGGGCCCCUCAAACAUCACUCCCACUCAGUGGGGGGAGCUGAGCCUGAAGGCCUCCCUGGUCUGUGCCUCCGACGCCCGAAGCGGGUGCCGGUCCCCUUCCCUUGGGACCCACUUCCCAUGCGGGGAGGGGCAGAUAAUGUUGCUUAUUGGAGACAAAUUAAAAACAGAAACAACUAACGAUCA